AUGAAAGGGCCAUAUGGACUGGGCCCCGUGAAUCGUUUAAUCCUCGCGCCCAGGGUAUUCACCUCAAUGGAUCCGGUGCGAGAUAUGACAUAUGCUGCCCAGAGGCCAGAGCAGAUCCACCGAUUUCGCAUGUUCCAGUUCCUCUUUGCUACAACAAUAGUACAUGAGGCAGGUGCUCACCUAUUCAUCACCUACAUGACCAAUGGGCGUGUAUAUACGCCUCCCCAAAUCACAGCCCCUGGCUUUGGAACACGACUUGUAGGCGAGUCUGGUCGGUUUUACGAACUUGUUUUGUUCGGUGGAACAAUCGAGUUUUAUCGAGAUAGCCAACAGGACGACCGGCAGGCGGGCGUCCCCCACCAAAUAGAUGCUGAUGAAAGAGCCUGGAGAAUAUCCCCGGUAUUUAUUAAUGCGGUGUGUCGCUAUGGGAAGGUGGGGCGAUUGAUCCUAGCGCCAUGGGCCGCAACGCUAUCUCAGCAACGCGCUGUUCGACCAACCCUUGCUCAGUUCCGCGGCCACCAGGUAAAUUUUGCUCAGGUCAAACAAGUUCCAUUCAAUCCUGCGACAAAUCUUAGCGUGAUUGUCGUUUAG